GUAUCUCGAUUCCUGUGCGUUUUUCAACUUGUAUAUCCUUUCUUUAUUUCACAAAAAGUUAUAUGCGUUCAUUUGUAUAUAUCAUAAUAUCGCUUCUAAAUAAAAUUUAUUAGCGCGCACACUGUUAUUUCGUUGUUAACCUCUUGACUGUCAUGAAGCUACUCAACAGGUGGUAUGGUUUACUUGAUACUACUUGACACAAACGUAUCGUUAGGAUAUGACGUAAAUGUAUAAUUUUAUUAUGUACGAGAUUUAAUAUAUUUUCAAUCGCAAUAAAAUUUUUCCUUUCUCUCCAAUUAUAAUUUAUUUUAUUUAAGUAAAAUUUUCUUAUAUUUUCUUUAGUACAUAAUACAAUAAAAGUAUGUCUUUGUAAAUUGACUUAUUAAAAAUAUGAAUCCGGAAAAUAUUUUAAAAAAUUAUGUAUUAUCCCAAUAUACCACGGAAAAGUUAAUAGUAAUUAAGGAGAAAUUGAAACAAGAUAUAAGUCAAGCUGAUCCUUUAUGGCAAAUAGUAACUAAGAAGAAAGGAGUAACACAUAUAGAUGUAGAAGAAACAUUAAACGAAAGCAAUAAUGAUUGUAAUGAUAUUUUAUCCAACACAUCGGAUCAAUUUUCAUCUACUCAGUUUUAUUUUACACAACUUGAUAAGCUCUGCGAUAAAAAUAUUAAACAGGAGUGUGUACCAAAACUUGAUAUCACAGAAUAUCUUUUUGAAGAAUUGGAAUGCCCUAAUGGAAAAUUGGAUUUAAAUCAAUUAGAGAAUUUAACAGAUGCAGAAUUUCAAGAAAUAGUCUGUAAUUUAGAAAAAAAACUAACUAUGCUGGGUACAUAUAAUCUAUGUUGUUCCUUGAAUAAUAUGACUUUGGAACAACGAGUUAAAUAUACAGAAACUUUUUAUACCCAUUUAUUAUUAUCAAAGAUUAUUACUUUGAAAGAACCUUCCAGAUUACUUUUAUCUGCUUUGAUAGAGAGCACUCAGAAAUUUCCAGAUGAUAUUCAGAAGUUUAUUUUUAUUCCCCUUUUAAACCUUGAUUUAACAGACACAACAAUUAUUGAUGCUAUAGUAAAUACUUUUGAACCUCAAAGACGUAUUGUUCUCAUUAUAGAAUAUUUAUCACAUGUGAAAGAACUCAAAUCAUGGCAUCUUUCUUUCCUACGUACUUUGAUUGAUACUAAGACAGAUAUUACCACAAAUGACAAACUUAUACAGUUAUUAUUUGAGAAAGCAGUUGACUUUGCCAAGGAUAAAAAUUUUGGGAAGCUCGUAUUAUCACUUAUAAAGUCAAAUAUUAAAUUUUCAGAUGAACAAAAACAAUCAUUAUGGGAGAUAGCAAAUACUAAUCAAACAUUGUUUAAAAAACCUAUUCAAAAUGUACUAAAAUCUAUGUAACUUAUGUAAAUACUACAAACCACAAAUUAUAAUAAAUUUUAUUUUUUCUAUAA